GUAAGACAAUGUGUUGUUUAUAUAUAAUACAAUUAAUUUGUUUGAAUAGACGUCCAGUGUUGUCGACUUACCUUCUUUUGCCCGAUCGCAACCUAUGGUGAUCGAUCUCACUCAACCAGAAACACCCACUCAGUCAAUGCAAGAGUUGACCAUUACGGAUAAGAAGCCGUCUCGACAAGCAUUGUUUAUGGAACAAAUGCGUCGACGUCAAGAAAUGAAAGAUAGGCAAAAGCUAGAAUUGUCACAAAAAAAGCUCGAGGAACACAAGGCCAAGGAAGAGCUGAGUCGACAACUUAAACAGCAACAUGAACAGUUUAUGUUUUCACAAAAAAAAGUCCUGCAGGAGUCACUUGUGCUACUGAAACAAUCAAAUGAAGUGCAAAGAAAAAAGGAGCAGAAAAAAAUAAAGGCUAUGCAAGAUAUGCUCAAGCAGACUAGCCCAGAAAAAGUACAAGUCAAAAAGAAGGCAUCAGAAGAGAAAACAAUGAAAAGUCAAGAGAAAGAACUGCAAGAAGAAGAAGAACUAGCAAAGGAAUAUUUGGAAAAAAGACGUCAAGAAGAGGAAGAAAAGAAAAGGUUGUUUACACAGCAGUAUGAAGAACGACUGGAGCUAGAGAAAAAUAAACAGCAAGAAGAAAUCCAAAGGUUGGAAGAAAUACGAAAACAAGAAGCACAGUAUAGACUGGAAGAAGCACAAAAACGAGAAAGAUUGAGGCUGGAAGAAGAAGCGCGAAGACAAGAGGAACUAAAGAAAGAACAAGAACGAUUGAGAUUAGAAGAAGAGAGAAUGAUGAGAGAAAAGGCAAGACAAGAGGAAGAAGAGCUAAAGCAAAGUAAGAUAGAGUCGAAAUAUUUUGCACUUCAGCAAAAGUUGAAUGAACAGAAAAGUCUUGAACAAGAGAAGCUCAGAAGAGAAGGAGAAGAGCGACUAAGAAAAGAGCAAGAAGAACGAUUGAAGAGAGAAGAAGAAGAGCGACUGAGAAAAGAACAAGAAGACGAAGUGAUUGUUGAUGAAGAGAUGACGAAUCGUAAUGUCUGUAUUGGCAUGAUCAAGACAGAAAUUGUAACACUGCGACCACUCAACUUGACCAAAGAUGAUUUCUUUGAACUAGUUCAAGUGAUACCUGAAGGUAGAAGGCAUAAUGAUAAUUAUUCAUUUGCUGUCACAUCCCGCACGGCGCCUAUUCAAUCACUGGGGUGGAUACCAUUUAGCGAUACCAAGGUAUUAGGACCAUUGGUUGAUUAUCAAAUGGUCUGGUGGGAUGCGAUCAUUCCAAGAAACAAAGUGACCUCGAUGAGGACGCCUCUGUAUAUCAUCAUCUACUGUCGACCACAUCAUGUCAAGGUAAUAGCACAAUACUUCCAAGAACGACGAAUGUAUCUAUCGGAGCCACCGUUUUAUAAUCCACAGUGCAGAUACUCUAAUCCUCAUGUGAGAUUAAAUCAACCUGAGCAACAAACGAUACGCAGUACAGAAUACUACUAUGGUGGCAGGCCAACUAUGGGAAUAAACGACCAACAGACACAAAGAGAUAUACAGCAAUUACUAGAGAGUAUACCUAGUGUUGUGCCUAUGAAAACCAAAAGGCGAAAAAAGAAGCCAGUGAUUAUUCUUGAUUCUGAUGAGGACGAUUAUAAGCAAGGCUCAAUAGAAGAAGGGCAAGAUCAAGAAGAAGAAGAAGGAGACGGUGAAGAUGACGGAUAUAUAGAAGGAUUGACUAUUCAGUUAAUGGAGCAUCAAGUCCAAGGAGUAAACUGGAUGAUCGACAGAGAAAGUAAUGAAAAGAGCCAAGGAGGCAUACUAGCAGAUGACAUGGGAUUAGGCAAAACGAUUCAAACGAUUGGGUUGAUUGCCUCAACAAGAGUUCCAGAUGAAAAGAGGAUUACGUUGAUCAUCACUCCCCUUGCACUUAUUCAACAAUGGGCGGAUGAGAUCAGAUCAAAGACAGAGAAGGGAGCGUUUAAGGUCUUGGUUCAUCAUGGGCCUAGCCGAACAAGGGAUGUGAAUACCUUUUAUGACUAUGACAUUGUGAUUACAACAUAUCAGGUUGUAUCUGGAGACAUGCCGACGAAUCCUAAAGAUGAAGAAGUCAAAAUUACGAGCGAGUAUGGGCCAUUGUUCCAAAUGAAAUGGUAUCGUGUUGUAUUGGAUGAAGCACAGCAAAUAAAGAAUAAGAGUACAAGGUCAAGUGUGUCAUGCUCAACAUUGAUAUCCAAAAAGAGAUGGUGUCUGACUGGUACACCCAUUCAGAAUAAUGUAGACGAACUAUAUAGUUUAUUUAGAUUUUUAAAGAUUCAGCCUUUAAACAACUAUUCAAUGUUCAGAAAGACGAUAUCGAUACCUAUACAAAAUGGGCAAUCUAGUCUGGCGAUGAAUCGAUUAAAGGCAGUAUUGAUGGCCACUAUGCUACGAAGAACCAAAGAUAUCCUCAAGGAAAAGCCUCGGUUGGAAUUACCUAAAAGAGAAAAGAAGGACAUUUUACUUGAAUUUUCAGAUAGUGAACGAAGACUGUAUAACCUGUUGAAGCAAAAGACUCAGAAUAGUGUAAGAGAGUUGUUGAGUCAUGGACAAUCAGCCUACUUGAAUAUGCUUUGUUUACUGUUGAGACUAAGACAGGCAUGUGAUCAUCCAAAUUUGAUACUUAAAUCAAUGAAUGACAAGGACAUGAUGGAUAUUCUAAACGAACAAGACAUAGCUAAUAGUAGCAGCUGUGAGUUGUGUGGAAAUAGUUCCAUGGAACCUUCCUGUUCUUAUUACUGCUUACCUUGUCAAUCACAGAUAAAUGAUAUCGGAAUAUUUAAGACGAGUACCAAGAUUGAUAAAAUGCUUGAUAUUUUAAACAAAACAAGAGAGACGAAUCCAAAUGAAAAGACAAUUAUCUUUUCACAAUUCACUUCUAUGCUUGAUUUGUUAGACGAACCGCUGACGAGACAUGGGUUUAAAUACUGCAGAUAUGAUGGUUCCAUGUCUUCUCAGGAACGUGAGAGAAGUUUAUUAGCAUUAAAGUAUGAUCCAAAAUGUACUGUCAUGCUGAUAUCAUUAAAGUGUGGGUCACUAGGGUUGAAUUUAACAGCAGCAAAUCGUGUCAUCUUGAUGGAUAUUUGGUGGAAUCCAGCAUUAGAAGAACAAGCGAUCGAUAGGGUCCACAGAAUUGGACAAAGAUUACCCGUUUAUGUAACAAGAUUGAUGAUUGACAACACUGUAGAAGAAAAGAUUAUUCAACUACAAGAAAAGAAGGCUCUCUUAUCCAAGGGUGCUCUGGGUGAUGGUAUUGUCAAGAAUAACAAACUGUCUGUGAGUGAAAUGCGCUCGUUAUUUGAAAUGUAAACGUCGAUCCCAUUAGGAAAGAUGUCAUUUACCUUAUAUGGUAUGGAUCGCAGUAACCCUAAACAAAAAAAGGAUUUCCUUCCUAUUUUGUUAAUUCUUCCCUCUCAGUAAAUAAACUUUAGAACUUUCAGUGUAGAAUUGAAAGAAAUUGUAUGAUCGGUC